GCGCAGGACUCGGGCCCCUGGGGCAUCUGGGGCACGCAGUCGCCCUGCUCUCGCUCCUGUGGCGGCGGCGUGGCCUUCCAGGUCCGGCGCUGCCAGGACGAGAGGCCAGAUGGCUCGUCGUCUUGCACUGGACCAAACAAGCAGUAUAUCUCCUGCAACAUUGAGCCCUGUCCCGGAGGGUCCGGUGACUUGAGGGAGGAGCAGUGCACCGAGUUCGACAGGCUGCCAUUUGAAGGACGCUACUACAAGUGGAUACCGUACCUGAAGGCGCCGAACCAGUGCGAGCUCAACUGUCAGCCGCAGGGCGAGCGCUUCUACUACCGGCACAAGAGGAGGGUCAUCGACGGCACCAGCUGCGGGCCCGAGGGCCUCGACGUCUGCGUCGACGGACAGUGCAUGCAAGUGGGCUGCGACCGCAUGCUGGGCUCCACCGUGAAGGAGGACAGGUGCCGCGUGUGCGGCGGCGACGGCUCCGACUGCUACACCGCCCACGGCGUCUUCGACGCCGAGAACCUGCAGUCGGGCUACAACGACAUCCUGCUCAUUCCAAAGGGGGCCACGAACAUCAUCAUCGAGGAGAUCAAGGCAACGAACAACUAUCUAGCUAUCCGGAAUUCGACUGGUCAUUACUACCUGAACGGCAACUGGCGGAUCGACUACCCCACCACCAUGGAGUUCGCGGGCGGCAAGGUCCACUACGAGCGGAGGCCACUGGGCUUCUUCUCCCCAGAGACCGUGCGCGCCCUCGGCCCCACCAGCGAAGCCCUCUACGUGGUGCUGCUGUACCAGGAGCGUAACGCCGGCAUCCGGUACGAGUACAGCGUGCCGCGGACGGUGGCGGACGCCGGCAGCUCCGAGUACUCGUGGGUGACGUCCGCCUGGUCGCCCUGCUCCGAACAGUGCGGCGGAGGCAGCCACAGCCGCCAGCUGAGCUGCAUCAGGAAGCAGGACAUGCGGGAGGUGUCGCCCGACCUCUGCGACCUCCUGACCAAGCCCGAGGAGACCGAGAGCUGCAACCAGCAGCCCUGCCAGGCCAGCUGGAAGGUGGGCGAGUGGUCGGCCUGCUCGGCCGGCUGCGGCGCCGGCGGCGUCCAGUACCGCCAGGUCACCUGCGAGCAGAAGGUGCAGGAGUCCGUCAAGGCCGUGGUCGACGACGACCUGUGCGCGCGCACGCUGGGCACCCGGCCGGCGCACAUGCAGGAGUGCAACACCGACACGUCCGCCUGCCCCACCUUCCACGUCGGCGACUGGUCACCGUGUGGCAGUCUGUGCGGGGAGGACGAGAAGAGUCGCCAGGUACUGUGCCACCGCGUCACUGACACCAAGACAGAGCUUCUGGACGCUGCCGAGUGCGAGGGUGACAUGCCGAACGCCACUGAGCCCUGCAUGCUCAGACCCUGCGAGGGCGUCGACUGGAUCGCGUCCAGCUGGAGCGGGUGCGAGGAGAAGUGUGGCCUUGUGACGGAGACCAGGAGUGUGCAGUGCGUCAACAUGGAGGGCAAGGUGUACGCGGACGAAUACUGCCAGAGCGGCCGCCGGCCGGAGACCGAGCAGGAGUGCCUGACCACCACCGUCUGCCCGCACAGCUGGUAUGCCACCCAGUGGAGUGAGUGUUCGUCCUCGUGCGGACCGGGCGUGCAGACGCGCCGCGUGUUCUGCGCCUCCGUCAACGACGACGGCCUGAUCGUGCCCGGCGACGACGACCAGUGCGACCCUGCCAAGAAGUACGAGGCCUCGCAGCCGUGCGAGGGCGCUGAGGGCAACUGCGACGCCAGCUGGAUGUCCGGCCCCUGGGGACCGUGCUCCAAGUCUUGUGAGAAGGGCUCGCAGUCGCGCGAGGUGUUCUGCACGGACGGGCAGGAGAGGGUCGACAUCACGCUCUGCGACGACAAGCAGAUACCGUUCGCCCUGCAGGAAUGCAACGACAUGGAAUGCGACGCUGCAGAGGAACUGAAGCAGCUGAAGGAGUUGGCGUCGCUGGCCUUCGACCCAAGUGCUCUGGACGACGAGUGUCCGUUGGACGGGGAAUUCGGACUGGACUUCCUGGGCAGCGGAUCGGGCGACGGGUCCGGAGACAUCUUUGGUUCCGGUGACGAGCUGGAUGUCAGUUUCAACGACCUGCUCGGCCGCGCCCUGGACGCUCAGGCUGCUGAUAGGGAGAAGGACUCCGAAGAGGCGUCGGGCAUGGAGGAUGCUUCAGAAGAAAAGGACUCAAAAUCGUCCGAAGAGGACUCCAGCUCGUCCGAGGAGGACUCGAGCUCGUCUGAGGAGAGAUCGGGCUCGUCCGAAGAGGAGUCUGGCAUGGGAGAGGAUAUGUCGGGGGCAAUGCCGGAGGAUAUGUCUGGAGAGAUGCAGGAUGUUAUGCCUGGGGAGGUGUCAGAGGAGACCUCUGGAGAUACUUCAGGAGAUAUGGCCGAAGGGAUCGAGGACAUGUCGGGCGAGGCACCUGUUGACGGCUCGUCUGAGGGCUCCGGCGAAAUGGGCAUGAAUACGUCUGAGGAAGCGCUGAACGCGUCUGGCGAGUUUUCUGGUGACGCGUCCGGUGAUUUCGAGGAAAUUUCCGGAGCAGAGUCUGGCGAUUCGGUGGAGGAGAUGUCAUCCGGUGAUUCGGAUGGUAAGCUGCCAGCCUCGGCCACUGAAGAGUCCCGUGUUAAACGCCAGGUGUCUGGCGCUCCGGCACCAGACACGCCACCUGAGGUCGAGGCUGGCGAUGACCUGUCUGGAGACAUGUCCGGAGACAUGUCCGGAGACAUGUCCGGAGACAUAUCCGGGGAUGUGUUGGGAGAAGCGUCUGGUGACUUGUCGGACUUCAUGUCUGGAGAUAUGUCCGGAGACAUGUCUGGGGAUGAUGGUUCAGGAGAAGAUACGAUUGGGUCAGGAGAGGUGUCUGGAGACCUCCUUGACGACGAUGGCAUCAGCGGAGAAAUGACGGGCAGUGGCGAAGGCAGUGGGGACAUGAUGGAAAGCGGAGACAUGAUGGAAAGUGGGGACAUGAUUGGAAAGCGGAGACAUGAUGGAAACGGAGACAUGAGCGGAGAGGAUGAAGAAAGCGGGGACGCGAGUGGAGAUGACAUGAUGCAGAGUGGAGAAAUGCCAGUGUCCGGAGAUGACAUUGAUGAGCAGACAAGCGGGGAGGACGAGUCGGGCUCCGCUGUGGACUCGGACGAAAGCGGAGACCUUCCGGAUGAUUCGCCGGAGGAGAGCAGCGAGGAGGAGGGAUCCUCCGACAAAAAAGACGACGACAUGAUGAUGGGCUCUGGAGACAUAUCGGGAGAAGGCUCAGCGGAUGCCUCAGGAUCUGGAGACUUUGACGACCUUGAGCUUCUGCCACGCUUCGGUGAGAAGGAGGAGCAAAAGUCCAAGAAGAAGUGCGUGCCUCGGCCUGUUCGCAUCCUGUGCGAGGCGACCGACUUCGGGUGCUGCCCGGAUGGGCUGACUGCCGCCGCCGGCCCCUUCCUCAAGGACUGCCCGCCGCUGGACAACUGCCAGAAGACCAAGUUCGGCUGCUGUCCGGACCGCGUGACGCCAGCACAGUCGGAGGACGAGAGCGAGUGUCCGCCGGUGGCCGACUGCAGCCGCUCGCUGUUCGGCUGCUGCCCUGACGAGUUCAGCGAACUCUCCGGGCCCGAGGCAGACAACUGUCCCAACGUCACCCGAGAGUGCGAGAUCAGCAAGUUCGGAUGCUGCUCCGAGUCGGACGACCCAGCUGAGGGUCCGUUCGACAAGGGCUGCCCGGAGAAGGACACCGAGGCGCCGGCUGUCGAUGAUGAGGACAAGAAAAUGGAUGACGCCAAAAACUGCACAGACACACCGCACGGCUGCUGCGCGGACGGCACCACGGCCGCGUCUGGCCCCAACGGCGAGGGAUGUCCGGCAGCCUGCCUCAGCUCCGAGUUCGGCUGCUGUCCCAACGGCUUCUACCCGGCGCACGGCCCCAACCAGGAGGGCUGCUGCCUCAACACCAAGUUCGGCUGCUGUCCCGACAAUAUCACGCCGGCCAGUGGGACGGAUCUGGAGGGCUGCGGCUGCGAGUACUCGGCGUUCGGCUGCUGCCCCGACAACCGGACGUUGGCGCGCGGCGAGGCGCUGGAGGGCUGCGGCUGCCGCUACACCGAGCACGGCUGCUGUCCGGACGGCUACACGCCGGCUGCCGGGCCCGACAGCCUCGGCUGCGGUUGCCACACCUUCCCAUACGGCUGCUGCCCCGACGGCCAGACCGUCGCUCGUGGCCCCAACCAGGAGGAGUGCGGCUGCGACUACGCCGAGUUCGCUUGCUGUCCGGACCGACGCACGCAAGCCAGCGGGCCGGGCUACGCCGGCUGCGGCUGCGAGUCGUACCCGUACGGCUGCUGUCCGGACGGGCGAAACGAGGCCACCGGACCCAAGUUCGAAGGCUGCGACGACAAACCCAAGGAGCCGGCAGAGAUCUGCGGCAUGCCCAAGGAGCGUGGCUCCUGCCGCAACUUCACCGUGCGCUGGUUCUUCGACAUGGAGUACGGCGGCUGCUCGCGCUUCUGGUUCGGCGGCUGCGACGGCAAUGACAACAGCUUUGAGACUCAGGAGGACUGCAAGGCACUCUGCGUGGAGCCCGAAGGCAUGGAGGCGUGCCAGCUGCCGGUGGUGAAGGGCGCCUGUGACGGCUACUAUCCGUCUUGGUACUACAACCGCGAGCGCAGCCGGUGCGAGCCGUUCGUCUACGGCGGCUGUCUGGGCAACGGCAAUCGUUUCGCCACGGUCGAGGAGUGCGAGAACGUCUGCGUCGUGCCUGACACCCUGGAUCCGUGCGAACAACAGGUCAUGCCUGGGCCGUGCCAGGGCAACAUCUCGCGCUGGCACUUCGACAAGGAGUCUUCCUCGUGCAAGGAGUUCAUCUACGGAGGGUGCAAGGCCAAUGAGAACAACUUCCUCACCAAGGAGGAGUGCACGCACCGUUGCGCCAGGGCCGGCCGGAAAGCCAUCUGCUCCCAGCCGCGUGCCGAGGGCUCGUGCGGAGAGUCGCUGCCGCGCUGGUACUUCGACUACCAGGAGAGCCGCUGCUCGCCGUUCUACUACACCGGCUGCGGCGGCAGUCUGAACCAGUUCGACAGCGAGGAGGAGUGCGAGGAGUCGUGCCCCUCACACGUCUACGCGGCCGAGGCCUGCACGGAGAAGCAGGACCCAGGUCCCUGCGCCAACUACACCAUCCGCUACUCGUACGACCUGCAGGACGGCCGCUGCAAGCCGUUCUACUACGGCGGCUGCGACGGCAACCGGAACAACUUCCGCUCGGAUGAGGAGUGCCGCGACAAGUGCGAGGUCCGCAAGAUCGAGACGGAGCGACCCCAGUUCCGCACGGAGUCGUGUUUCCUGCCGGGCGACGCCGGCUCGUGCGGCACCGCCUCCUCCCCCGAGGCGCUCUGGUACUACGACGCUCGGGUGGGCGUCUGCACCCAGUUCCUCUACAGCGGCUGCGGCGGCAACGAAAACCGGUUCCGGACGCGCGACGAGUGCCGCCAGCGCUGCGGCGCGGCUCAGGAUGUUUGCACCCUGCCGCGUGUGGUGGGCCGCUGCUCCGGCUCCCUGCGCCAGUACUACUUCGACGCGCAGCGCGGCCGCUGCCUCGAGUUCGACUACAGCGGCUGUGAAGGCAACGACAACAAGUUUGACAGCCUGCAGGAGUGCGCGAGUCGCUGCGGUGGCCCUGCGGAGGAGCCGCGGCCCGAGCCCGAGCUAGAGACGAGGGACAGACGGCCCGAGCAGGCCACGCCGCCGCCCGAACAGAGGCCCGAGACGAGGGACAGACGGCCCGAACAGGCCACGCCGGCUCCCGAACAGAGGCCGGAGACGAGGGGCAGACGGCCCGAGCAGGCCACGCCAGCUCCCGAACAGAGGCCGGAGCAGGAGCAAGAUCUGCCGCCGGUGUGUGCCCAGCGGUACGACCCGGGCCCGUGUCGGACGCCCGUCAGCGCCUGGUUCUACAGCGCCGACAUGAAGCUGUGCAGGCAGUUCACGUACGGCGGCUGCCGCGGCAACGACAACAAGUUUGUCAGCCAGGAGCAGUGCAAGCGCACGUGCGCUGAGUACCGCGGACAGGACGCCUGCAGCAUCCCACCGUCCCCGGGCGACUGCGGCGGCAGCGAGACCAAGUGGUACUUCGACUACCGCGACGACACCUGCCGGCCCUUCGUCUACACCGGCUGCGGUGGCAACGUCAACAGGUUCUCCACGGAAGAGGAAUGUCAAUCACUCUGCGUAGACGGCAGCGAGCAGAUGGUUCCAGAUCUGGAGUCUGAGAAGGAUACAAGCAUGAUCGAAACAAAGGCCGGACCGCCACCAGAAGCCAGCACUCCGAGAGUCCGAUCGCAACGACGGCGGCCCCCACGGAGGAGGCGGCCCCCCAACCGGUCACCACCGGCGCCCCGGUCGACUGCUCGCCCCACCAGCAGCAGUGUCAGACGCUGCGGUGUCCGUUCGGUGUGGAGCGGCGCACGGACGAUCAGCAGUGCGAGCGCUGCUUCUGCUUCAACCCAUGCCGCGAGGUGCGCUGCGGUGCCGGUUACCGCUGCGCCAUCUCCUACGGACGCGACGAGGAGGGUGGUCUGCUCGUCAGCGCCGUCUGCCGUCCCGGAAACAAGACUGGCGAAUGCACAUCACCGAACACAGUGGAUGAAUGCGGCGAUGCCAGAGACGGCUGCAGGGACUGAUGCAGAUUGCCGGAACAACCUCAAGUGCUGCUCGGACGGCUGCUCCCUGCGCUGUCUGCCGCCGGACGGUGAGACGGAGGUCAUCGUCAAGGAGACCAGCGUCCUGCCCUCCACCACCACCACCAUGACCCCGGUUACCGAAGCAGAGGCGACUGACAUGUGGCCCGAUGCCACGUUCAUGCCCACCGAGCUGCCAUACCCGGUGCCAACUGCUGCUACGCAGCGGCCUUACCCGACGUACCCACCGUACCCGACGUACCCGCCGAGCCCCAGGCCUCCUGUACAGCCCCCCAGGGGCCGGGAAGGGUCUCCAGCCCGCAUCGUUCAGUCGGAGCCCGAGGUGGAAGUUCACGAGGGAGAGCUGGCUGUUCUGAGCUGCAUCGCGCAGGGCGAGCCAGAGCCAGUCAUCACCUGGACUCACGGUGCCAGGAGGGUGGACACGAGCCGCGGCCGAUUCCGUCUCGAGAGGAACGGCACGCUGGUGAUCGUGGGCGUCGAGCGGGACGACGGCGGCGAGUACACGUGCACAGCCGACAACGGCCUGGCUGCGCCCGCCCGCACGACCGUCGCGGUCAACGUGCUCGACCCGGUGCCGCGGCAGGCGGACGUUCUGCGGCCACCACCCGAUGACCAGCCGGUGGUGGAGCUUGGCGGCCCGGCCAUCAUCCGCUGCUACUCGUACGGCUGGCCGCGACCGUCAGUCACUUGGUGGCGCGACCAGCGCAUGCUGCCGCUCUCCUCUGAGCGCGUGGAGCAGAGUCGCGACCACACGCUGGUGCUGCGGCUGGUGCGGCUGCAGGACCUGGGCACCUACACGUGCCAGGCGUACAACGGACAGGGUCGCGCCGUCUCCUGGUCCACCCAGCUGCGCGCCUACGGACCGGUGUUCACCAGCGAUCGCUCCGAGGACCAGCCGUUCCUGCAGUUCCUAGUGACGCGGAAGCAGCCGAGCCAGCCGCCCACACGCCCGCCGGCCGUCGAACCUACGCGCUUCCCGGCCCGCCGGCCCGGCGAGCAACCCUACUACCCCGACUACGCCACCCGGCCCACGCGGCCCACCAUUACCGACGUCACACCCCAGAGGGUGGCCGUGCGGGCGUCCAUUAACCUGACGGAGACCAUGUUCGCGCCGGGUGUCGACAUCCGCAUCCCCUGCGAGACGUCCGGCUACCCGGAGCCGCGCAUCACCUGGUACAAGGACAGCGUGCUUGUGCAGCCCGCCCAGCGGCUCCGCAUCCAAGGCAACGAUCUCCUUGUCCUGAGGUCGGAGCCGUCUGACACCGGUGUCUACCGAUGUGAGGUGGAUAACGAGUUCAGCACCGCCGAAAGCAGCGUUAGCAUCGUCGUCGAGGGCACCUACGUUCAUCCCAACUGUACGGACAACCCGUUCUUCGCCAACUGCAAGCUGAUCGUGUCAGCGCGGUACUGCGCCAACCAGUACUACGCGCGCUUCUGCUGCCGCUCGUGCACGCUGGCGGGCCAGCUGCCCUCUACCGGACGGCACCUCAACUAUCCGCCGGCUGACGGCCGCGUCUAGCGACCUCCAUGGGCCGAAUACGAACUACAGUUGCGGACGGUCGUCG